GCUACUAGUAGCUAUUUAUAGCUUGUUAGACAUAUUUUCGAUUAGGAAUGUGGAAACUAAUUAAUUUUGGCAACAUUCUAUACAAUGUCACUCAUGACAAAGUAUGAAAGGACGCCAAACUUUUCAACAAAAAAAAAAACAAUACAUAAAAUCAAUACUAUUUUUCCACAUAAAUGAAAUAAAGCUACUAAAAUUACUAACAAUUUAAAAAAAAUUGUAAUGGAGGACCUAUGUACAGCUUGUUUGUGCUCAGGACGGAUCUUAUUCAAAAUUGAAGGGACAGAAAUUCAAGAACUUUAUGUUCAAAUAUUAAGUGAAAUUUCUAUUUCAGAAGGAACUAUGUCCAUCUCUGUACGUGUCUGUUGGGAGUGCAAGGCUCUGCUUUGUAGAUUUAUGAAGUUCAAGAAACGAGCGCAGCGGAGUUACAGGGAACUUUUAGAAUAUAAUGCCUCAAGCGUAAAACCAGUACUAGAGAAGUUACCGAGCCUUCAAACCCACUCGGUGCACAGCAGUAACUACCCAGAGCUAGAAGUGAAGUUAGAAUACGACGGUUUAGAUAUCAAAGAGGAGCUAUCAGAUGGGGAGACUCAUUACGAACCCGAGAACUUCGCCUACGAGCUGGUGGUAGAGGAUAUUGGUAGUAAGAAGAAAGGAGAAGAAAAUAAGAAGACAACAAAAAAGAAGUCAAAGCAGAAGGUGAAAUUAAAAAAGAAGAAGUUAGAAGUUAAAAGUGUAUCAAAAGAGAGUGACUUGGAAACGGAGUGCCUUGAAAGUGAGAUAAGCGAUAAGUUCAAAUGUGAUGAGUGUAGCGCGGUGUUCGGAGACAAGGCUGAAUUGAAGCAACACGUGGAAGUCGAGCACACAGUUCCUGUACAGGAGCCUGUGAUGAACGGAAGUCUACCUCGCAGUCGAGAGCAGUUACCGGAGAGGCCUCAGUGCGUUGAGUGCGGGAAGAUCUUCAGUUCACGGAAGACAUACAGAUACCACCUCAAUGUUCUACAUAAAGGCCAGAACAGAUACCCUUGCCCGAGGUGUGGUAAAGUUUAUCAAUGGAAAUCGAACCUCGGACGGCAUAUGAGGAGUCACAAGGCGCGCGACAGCGGCGAGCUGCACUGCCGCGCGUGCGACAAGCGGUUCGCGUCCGUGGCGACGUACCGCCAGCACCUGCGCGUGUCGCGGCGGCACGUCGCCGAGACCGACUUCACGUUUAUGUGCAACGAGUGCGGCAAGAAGUUCGUGAACAAGACACGCCUGCGGGACCACAUCGACUGGGAACACCUCCAUAAGAUCAAGUUCCGCUGCCAGCUCUGCGAUAAGCCCUUCAAGUGUCACACAUCCCUCUACGUCCAUAUGCAAAACGUCCACAGGAACAAGGAGAAGAAGGACAACCUGUGCCACGUCUGCGGGAAAUCUUACCAGAACGCGGCCAAGCUGAAGUACCACAUAGUCGCGAUGCACACGAGCGAGACGCCGUACUCCUGCGAGCAGUGCAGCGCCGCCUUCGGCUGGUACUCGUCGCUGUACCGGCACGUGCGGGAGGUGCACUACAAGGUCGGGGAGCGCAAGUGGCGCUACAUCAUUAUUAUUAUUUAUUAUUUUAGUUUAAAUUUUCAAAAUUCAUAGAAUACAGCUUAAAACAUAACUUAAAAAUAAUAUAUAAUGUAUUUGGAUUUGGAAUCUUACAUAGUGA